AUGAAGGGCUGCAAGAUCAAAGCGCUGCGCGCAAAGACCAACACGUACAUAAAGACACCGGUGCGCGGGGAGGAGCCGGUCUUCGUGGUAACGGGACGCAAAGAGGACGUGGCCCGCGCCAAACGCGAGAUUCUCUCGGCGGCCGAGCACUUCUCCCAGAUCCGCGCCUCCCGCAAAUCCAGCCUCGGCGCCCUCCUCGGCGCCCCACCCGGACCCCCUGCCUCGGUCCCCGGACACAUAACCAUCCAGGUGCGCGUACCCUACCGCGUGGUUGGCCUCGUCGUCGGACCCAAGGGCGCCACGAUCAAGCGCAUCCAGCACCAGACGCACACGUACAUCGUCACCCCGAGUCGCGACAAGGAGCCCGUCUUCGAGGUCACCGGCCUCCCCGAGAGCGUCGCAGCCGCCCGCACCGAGAUCCAAGCCCACAUCACCCAGCGCACGGGCGUCUUCCCCAUUUGCAUGCACAACGAGGAGAAGGACCUCCUGGAGGCCCUCUGCCGGGGCGGUUUGACCUCGAUCCUCGGCUGCCUCGACGCCCCCGGGGCACAAGGCACCAACGGCGCCAAGACCGGUGGCAGCAAUGGCUCGAGCGGCGCGUUCUCGUCCAGCGGCAGCUGCAGCAGCUCGUCGUCGAGCUCCGGAGCCACGGGGCUCAACGACCUCGUGGCCAUCUGGAACGCAGGCAUGGAGCGGGACGAAGGCCUCGGGGAGUCGCCCAGCUUCGAGUCCCAGGCGGCAGCCGCGGCGGCCUCCUCGAUCUGGAGCUUUCCGGGGGUGACGCUGCCCUCGCGGCCCUCCCCCCCGGCUUCGGCGUCGCCAGCCUCGCCCACGGACUCCCUGCUGGGCAACAGCAGUACCCUCGGUGGUGGUGGCGGCAGCAGCAGCAACAGCCUCCACGGGAUCAUGGCCACCGGGACCAUGAGUCCUCCGAGCGUGCGGGAGUGCAUCGUCUGCGGGGACAAGGACGUGUCGACCGCGCUCGUACCCUGCGGCCACAAGAACUUUUGCGCCGAGUGCGGCCACCGCAUAUGCGUGAGCAGUCCCGAGCCGACCUGUCCCAUCUGCACGAAGCCGGUGCGCCAGGCCCUACGCAUCAUCAACUAAGUAUAUGUACAUACACACCACAACAGCCAAUACAGCGACAGCAACAACAACAACAACACCACAGCCUCCCCGCCCGUUCCGCGACCCUCUUUUCGACGACUGACCAAUCGUUAGGAAACAACGCCAGGCGGCUGCUGGACCACGUUAUUUUAUUACCACGCCACUACCCACGGGUUCAUCGAGGCGUCGUCGUACGUUGUACAAUGUCCACGUAUGUCGCACGUCGGAUGUGUAUACAAUAUAGAUUGUACCACACGAAGCGCCCUCGCGCGAUUUUAUACUUUGAUAACGAACGAGAUACAGCGCCAGGAGAGGAGCUGUUGCUGCCACGAGAAGGACGAUC